AUGACGGAAAAUAAUACAAAUAGCCAGAAAGGCGAAGGUUUGUACGGCAAUCCUAUCGGAUUUGCAGCCGAAAUGAAAAAGCUAGUCAAUAAGUCAGAGUAUAGUGAUAUCAAGUUUAUAGUUGGGGAUACCAAACAAAUGAUAUAUGCGCAUAGAAGCAUUUUAUCUGCAAGAUGUGACGUAUUUGAUACCAUGUUUCACGAUAAUUCCGUAGCCAUUGAAAAUAACGAUGUUCCUUACAUCCUAUCAGAUGUACAACCUGAUUCCUUUUUAGCUGUGUUAGAGUUUAUUUAUACCAAUUGCUGCUCUUUAACUGAUAAAAACGUUGUUGACGUAUUAGCAUCAGCCAUUGAAUACGGCUUGCGUGAUUUGGCAAAGAUAUGUGUUAAUUUCAUGAGCGAUUCCAUCACUAUUGACAAUGCAUGUGAAACUAUGCAGUCUGCAGUCACUUAUGGCCAAGCCGAACUUCAAAAGAAAUGCCUAAGUUUUAUCGAAUCCAAUACUAAGGCUGUAUUCAAGACCAAAGGAUUCCAUGAGAUGUCAGAUGAAGCUUUAGCUGUGGCUCUUGCAAGUAAUAAUCUGAAUAUUGAUGAAGUAGAUAUUAUUAAAGCUGUUCGAGAAUGGGCAACCGUUAAUUCUGUGGUCUUGGAUAAGAAGGUAUCUGAAGUAGCUUUUGGCAUAAUCAAACAUAUAAGACUGCCAUUGCUGACUCCAGAAGAACUAACCGUAGUAGAAGCUGAUAAUAAAGCGGAUCGUUUAAUACCGAUUGAACAUAUUUCCUAUGCUUGGCGAUAUCAUGCUCUAAAGAAGAAGGAAGCAGGCAAUCCUUUAACGACAAAACGUUCAGGAACGAAGCCUCGGCCAAAUUAUUCUUAA